UCCCCGCUCCCGCCACUGGCCCUAGGCUUUGCUAGCGGAACCUUUAAGUGGAGUACUCGGGGAAACAGGGGAGGAACACCGGAAAAGACUGUGAGGACGGUUUAUGAAGAGGAAAGAAAGAAGAGGAACGAGGAACCAUGGCCGCAAUGGUUGAUGCUUGCAAUGGUCUAGGGAGAAGAAAGUUGAUCCACUAUGUAACGGCUGCUGUCUGCCUCCCAAAUCCCGGAACUCAGGCGGUGCUGUGGAGAAGUUGUUCGCAAUAUAAACAGGUAGCCAGCAAUGAAGACCUGCCUGUUCCAAUGGAAAAUCCUUAUAAGGAGCCUCUUAAAAAAUGUGUCUUGUGUGGAAAACGUGUAGAUUAUAAGAAUGUGCAGCUUUUGUCCCAGUUUAUUUCUCCAUUUACUGGCUGCAUUUAUGGAAGGCACAUAACAGGUCUUUGUGGGAAGAAGCAAAAAGAAAUCACAAAAGCUAUUAAGAGAGCUCAAAUAAUGGGUUUUAUGCCAGUUACAUACAAGGAUCCUGUGUAUCUCAAAGACCCUAAAGUUUGUAAUAUCAAAUAUCGGGAUUAAAUUAUCUAAUGUUAUCAAUAAAGUUAUUUUUACAAUAAA